AUGCCUUCUGCUAAAGGGAAGCCAACUGAUCCCAAGCUCAAGAAGGACAUUACUGAAAGUAAAGAACUUUCUUUUCAUUUUCCCCCUCGUGAUCCCGCGACCCCUUUGAAAUCUCCCUUACCUUUGAUUGUGUCCGAUCCUUUCUUAACAUCUACCAAAACAGAAGUCAAGCAAGAAACGAAUAAAGAUGGUAGUGGUAAAGGAAAGAUGGCUGCAUGGAAGGCCAAAAAGAUCGGUCAAGAAUAUGAAGCUGAAGGAGGUGAUUACGAAAAUGAACCCGGAUCUAAAGACAAACCCACGAAAGGAACACCUGAGAAGAAAUCCGAGGAGGAGAAAGCUGCUGAAUUGAAAGAUUCCGAGAAGGAGAAGAAUGGCCAUGGCAAGGAAACUGCUGAUGAAGAAGCAAAUGGAUCGGACGACAAGACAGCUGAUAAAGAAGUCGAGAAGAAGGCACCCGUUCAAAAGAAACAAGCUGCCCCGAAGAAGGAAAAGAAGGUACAAAGACAAGGAACGCGAAGUAGCGCUCGACAGCAAGAAAAGUUAGAUCCAAAGCCCGCAGCAGAGAAGAGAAAAAACGUUAGUGAUGAGGCAGCGGAUGAAGAUGAUGAAGCGACUGAAGAAGAAAAGAAGCCUGCGGCAAAGAAAUCCAAAAAUGAGGAACCAACUUCAGAGAAGCCAAAGUCAGAAGAACCAAACGAGGAGGAAGAAAAAAGGGAUCAAGCAAAAGCAGAGCCAGAGGAGAAAAAGGCAGAGCCAAAGAAGCGUGGCAGAAAGGCCAAAAAGUGAAAGUUUCACUCAUCAUUUAUUCUUCUUCUAUACAGUGUUGAACGGAAAUAUCAUUGGCGCAUAGGGUAUCACACAAGUGCGCACACUGGGUUUGGAAUGGAAUAGGAUGAAUACGAAUUUGCAUUUUGGAGCGUCUGUUUACUACUCUUUGCUUAUUGGGGCUCCAUCUUGGGGAGCAUUCUCUCUCUAUUGUAUGUGACGAAGCAUGUAUCAUUAUUGUUGAUCUGCUUUUGCUGCAAUAGCAGUUAUUCAAAAAUGGAUAUUACCCUUCAUCAUGAACAUCUGUCUAGCUGUUCGCAUCAUUUUGGUUUUCAUUCUGUGUAAGUGAAAAAACUUCUUUGUCUAUGGUGGCUGAUGUAUGGACAAUUGGAUUUCAGGGUAAUGCGAAGAGGCCUUCAGAUAGGUUUGGCACGCCAAGGUCGGCGGUUCGAAACCGCCAGUGAUCAAUUUUGUCAUCUUUUGAUGCUCAUGUUGACCUCCAGGGUUUAUUUUAUGUAAAUAAAGUCUGGUGUUGUUGUGUUGAAACACGCCAAUCUUUCUGGGGAGAGUUUGAUACUUGAAGUGAUCAUCAACAAUUUUGUUCAUUGGGGAUUACAUUCGGUCGACUCCGGAUAUAUGUGAACCGGCAAAUCGUUUUCUGGCAAAGAGUCUAAUUCUCGUAGUAGUCAAUUUCUUUUUGCCCUUUCCAUGAGGAACAUUUUGAUUCUAAACUACUUGAGUAUAAUGAAAUUGAAGGAGUUGUAGUGAAUUGAAAUCUUAGAGGGGUG